CUGAGAGGGAAGUUCAGAAAAACUUGUAACGUUACAGCUUCCUAUGCCGCGAAAAUCUCACAUUGAAUUGAAUGUUGUUUUAUACUGUUAUCUUAAAUUAUUAGGAAAGUAUAACAAAACAAGUAUGUCAAUAGUAAGCCUGAGCAAAAUAAGGACGUCGUAAGAGUCAGCUGUUUUCAAACUGAAAACCAGAAGUCUUCACAGACCGUCCUCGUCUCACUGUGUCGAUACGCUCCAGUCUGCGGAUUUUACAGACUUGAGAAGAUGGAGGCUGUAUCUGAGACAGAUGUGCAGUUCUGGAUGGCCAAAGCCGUGAACUGGGUGGAGGCUACGUCAUGUUCUGCUCUUCUGGACACAAGCAGACACCUUGGCUCUCUGAGGAGCUUUCUCCAGCAAGUUCUGCAGGGGUUGCAACAAAUGAGCUCCACUAGUGAGGCCAUGAAGACAUUUCCUUUUGUGGGCCAGUUCCUGGGAAGACUUUGUUGGAACCCAUGUGUUAUUGCGGAUGAGAGGAGCCAGAGACUCCUGCUGCAGUGUUUGAGUUGUCUGUACAGCGCUGAGCCAAUGAAUGCUGUCGAACAAAAAGCCAACAUGUGGAUCAAGAAUAUGUUUUGUCAUCUGAUCUCGGAGGAGGAGGGCAGUGUAGCUCAUGCUACAGUAAAACAUGCUGGAUUAACCCCGAAGCGAUACCACUCAGAGGCUCUUCAGAAGCUUGUGUCAUUGAUGACAGAGGAGGUCAUUAAAAGCUGUGACGGCUUGCCAAACACAUCCAGGUGUUCAAAUGGGAAUAUUCAUGCCAUGUCAACAGCAUGCGCUGCCUUGGUCACAUGUCCUCAGAUGUCUCCUCUUAUUGGAGCUCUGUUGAAGCAUUCCAUGUUGUGUGGCUCGUCCUGUCUGAAUCAAGAGUUCAUUAAGGAAGUCAGCGAGGCCUUGAUCAGUAAGAUGCUUGUGUUGGAGGAUGAGGCCGUAGUGAACCUGUGGUGUUACAGUCCCACCUGUCUGGAGGGGGCAGCAGUGAGCUUUCUGGAAUCUGUGCUGUCUGACCACGAAACAGUGACACAGAGUCUGGACAAACAUGUUCAUGACUCAUUACUGCCUCAAGCUUCAGCCGAUCACUGUCACAUCUUCCUCACAGUCAAUGAAAUUUACAGGAGUGUGCUGACAGAGAUUGAUGAGAACUUGGCCGUGAGAGCCCUCAUACAGGUUUUCACUGUCUGCUUCCUCCAGAGACGGACUGGACAGAAACCCCAGGAUCGUCUACCACUCAGAUCAUUCUUCCCACAUGUGAUGCCCAGUUUACUAACUCCUUUACUGACGGCACCAUCAGAGGUUCCCAGGGAAGCCUGGCUGGAUCAUCUGAGCUGGAUCAGAAGUUUACUUCAGAGCGUGACGGAGAAUGAGGAGGCAGGGGAAGAUGUCAGGGCGUAUCAGGCUGUCUUUGAGGCUUGGUUCCUGCUGGUGCAGUGUGGGUAUUGGGUGGACACAGCUGUUGAGCUGCUUGUUCUGGCAGCGCCUGAGAACGCCGAACCGCUGCUGUGGCUCCUGACGUUCUUCCAUCACCCCACCAAUAGAGGGCACCAGAGGUCCCAACAAACCGCAGUGGCCAGAGAAGCCUGGACUCAUCUAAGGAUGCUAUUUCUCACUCGUCCUCCCCCUCCCAGACACCUCAGUGCUGUGAAAGAGCUCCUGUCCUCCUCCCUUUCAGCAAACCUCGUUUUGCAUUUGUUUUCAAACUUCACCGUCUUUUCCCACGGACCUGUUAGCAUUAUCACUGAAAUUACUGACAAGGUGCUGACUGAGGCCGCUGUGAAGCGCAGGGCACUGUGGAUCCUCGCCUCAAUUCGCUGCAGACUAAACAGUGCCACUAUGCGGGACGACAGGGUUCAUUCCAGGCUGAGGACUCUUCAGGACGCCCUCCUUCAAACCUGAGAUCCUUGGAUAGAAACUCCUAGCUUCGAGCGCUUGCCGAAACUAUUUGUUAGGACAAGGAAUCCUUGCGUGGCUCAGUUACGCACAGAAAAGCUGGGUGGGACGAUAUGGCAUUUAUAGAAGAGAAGCCCAGCUGCCAUUUUUAACUUCAAAAGCAGUGGGUGUUCUCCCCCUAAACCCAAGAGGGGCCUCCACACUUGAUGUAUUGAGCCAAAUAAAAGGAACACAUGUAUUUC